UUUUCGACAACUUGAAACCCAACUAGUGUACUCAACCUAUUGAUACUGUCAGUUUCGCUAGCUAAAGAUGGCUGCAAGUUCAAAUGUCGCUUCCGAAGCGUUCCAGUAUAGAUUGGAGCAAACGUCUAAAGAAAUGGCAAAGGCGGUUAAAGAAAUCGUCAAUUCCAGCUACUUUGAUAAAGAAGUAUGUCGGAGUGAAAACCUGAAAGUCUCGCAAGCGUACUGCCUAUUGUGGCAAGACUCGGAAAGUGGAGAUGUUGAUGGCAGAAAGAUAAGCGUUGAAACAAAUGGUGGAGCCGCAGCGGCAGUUUUGAUCGAUUUAGUGGUACUGGGAAAAGUAGAAGUGGAAAUUGAGCCAAACAAAACGCUUGGCAUUAAGAACGAUAAAAUCCUUCUCAAGGUAAUAGAUGACAAUCCCACAGGGACGUACCUAGACACAGCUUUAUUUGACAAGAUUAUAGAACACCAUCAUAAGCAUCCAACCAGGCCAGACAAAGUCAAAGACUGGAUAUAUCAUGAUGUUAGCCAUGAGAAGAAAAAACAUUAUUGCUCCACUAUCACGUUAGACAGUUUGGUUGGGCUGGGAAUACUCGAAAUGAAAGAGAAUUUAUUUGGUCGUAAAUACCCCACAGUCAAUCAAGGUCUUGAAGAUCAAUUGGUAAGCCAGAUUCGCGGGGUGACAUUAGAGGAAGAAAGCCCAAAUGGGUACAUACUCGCACUGCUGACACUGGCCCGAUACUCUGACAACUUGCUGUCUCUAAGAGACCCAGUGUUGGAAAAACACUUUACAAAAGAGGAGUACCGCAAGGUCAAGCAGAAAAUAAACGAGUUAGUUGGAAUUGGAAAGAGUAAAGAGAAAAAAAUUGAAAAAAAUGAUUAGAGCUGACUUUUGGUGAAAUAGAAUUACUUUUAGACUUUAUAACUAAAYGAGAGUAGAUAUUUGAAUUAAUGAAAUGGGAACUGAGUAAAAUUCAGUAUCAAUCAUGGGGCUCUUGCAUGAUUUGCAACCAURUUUCUGAUUUCAUUGGAACACAUUUAACAAGGGCGUGUUUAGAGGGGGUGUCAAAUAGGGUGCCUGUCAYGCAGCUCUAAAAGCUUAAUWAAUUGAAAAAWUUGYMAAAAUAAAAAUUUGGCAGCAGAGUAAAGUUUCUUUUCCCGUAUGAAAUAACAGAUUUCUAUGACGAAAUAUUGAGUGAUACAGAGACAUCAAAUUAAGAAUUUUGUAUGCAGGGACCCUCUAGUGAUGUUGAGUCCUAGAUAUGCCCCUGUAAAUGUGGAUUCCUCAUAUGGUUUGUGGUUGACAUUCCUUACAAAGUUACUUUUUGAAUAUUUUCAAUCUAUUAAAAUUAAUUAAUUAAUUAUUAAUGAAUUAAUCAUGAAUGGAAAGUAAGAGUGUGGAAAAAUUGAUGAYAGACCACCAACUUUGCAUUUUUGUGGUUGUGAACAAUGUCAAUGUAAUAAUUUGUUGUAAAACACUUUUUAGAAAACAGAAUAAAUAAAUAAACCUGAUAGCUA